AUGGUUUGUUUGUGGCAUUCCCAGGAUUGCCAGCUGGCAGUGUACAAGCCCAAUCCUCGGCAGUACGUGGCAACUAUUCCCCAGCUGCCUGGCUUGGAAGUGUGGUUCCAAAGGGCCUCUGACGUUGUGCGCAAGAUCAAGACUGGAGAUGUGGACCUUGGCAUUGUGGGAUAUGACAUGUUUGCUGAGUUGGCUGGGGACGAUGAAGGCGACUUGAUUGUUGUUCAUGAUGCCCUCGAUUUUGGGCACUGCAAACUUGCCCUUGGCAUUCCCACCUCUGGAGCAUUUGCAGACAUCUCCACGCUGGAACAGUUGAAAAAGAUGCCACAAUGGUCCGAGUCGAGACCGCUGCGAGUUGUGACAGGGUACCAAAGGAUUGCCAGGGACUUUUUUUCCAUGAAAGGUUUCCAGAACGUCCGCUUGGUCAGUGCGGAUGGAGCGCUGGAGGCUGCACCGGCAAUGGGAUCGGCCGAUAUCAUACUGGAUUUGGUGUCUACGGGGGUUACACUGCGCGAGAACAACCUCAAGGAGAUUGAAGGGGGAAAGGUCCUGGAAAGCCAGGGAAUAUUGGUAGCAAACCGACAAUCGUUGAAGGAGCGACCUGGCCUUCUGGAGGUGACAAGGGAACUGAUCGAGCGGUUUGAAGCACACCUUGUUGCUGAUGGUUACUACUCUGUCAUCGCCAACAUGCAUGGGGACAGCAUGGAGGAUGUUGCCCAUAAACUAAACAGCGCAGAAGACCUUGGUGGCUUGGAGGGUCCCACCAUCAGUCCUGUCUAUGCAGGGCGAGGCUCGAAAGGGGCUGUGGCCGAUGGGCCCCGUGCCUUUGCAGCUGUUAUAUGUAUCAAGAAGAAGGAGCUCUAUAGGUGUGUCAAGGAGCUUAGGAAGGUUGGAGGACGAGAUGUCCUUGUGCAGCCAAUGACAUACAUAUUUGAUGCUGAGCCAGAGCGCUGGAGGAUCCUGCAAGAGAAUCUGGGACUGAUGGGGCGCUGCUGA